UAUUAAAUUGGUUGUUGUUCUCCAAAAAAAAAUGCACAAUUAUCUCUCUCAAACUCUGUUAAUACCUGUAACAAUGGAGAGGACUACCAACGAUUUCGUCAAACUCUUUUCUUCACCAUUUUCGGACAUAUUUAUUCUCCUUUUUUCUUUUUCCCCCAAUUUUUUGCAAAAUUCAUUUUUUUUUUUGAAAGAGGUGAGGUAAUUUAAUCACUUUCUCUCUCCUCUUUCUCUAUUAUUGAACGCCCAAAUCUCCAUGUUCUUCAAAUUAUUCCUCCUAUAAUUUUUUUAACAAAAAUAAAUGAGUUAGAUUCUCAGAAGCCGUUCAAUUUUUGUACAUUUAGCUAGAAAUUAUCUAUCUAUAAUUUUGUAGCACCGCUGGAUAAUCCUCCUCUUCUACUCUUCCUCCUGGAUCAUUCGUCUUCUUAGCACCAUGGCUGAUAUUUCAUUUGUUGACCGAGUGGUUGAGAUGGACAACUUAGAUGAUGAUAAGAAGAAUGCCGUGGGAUCUUUCAAGAAGAAGGCGAUGAAUGCUUCUAGCAAGUUUAAGAGCUCAUUUUCGAGGAGGAGGAGGAGCAGUAAGGUCAUGUCUGUCGACUUUAUAGAUAUUCAUGAUUUUGAGGAGGCCCAGGCUGUUGAAAAUUUUCGCCAAACUCUUAUACCAGAAGAUUUGUUGCCUUCUAAAUUUGAUGACUAUCAUGUCAUGCUCAGAUUUCUAAGGGCCAGAAAAUUUGAUAUGGAGAAGACAAAACAAAUGUGGACUGAUAUGCUGCAGUGGAGGAAGGAAUUUGGUGCUGACACUAUUAUGAAGGAAUUUGAUUUCCAUGAAAUCAAUGAAGUUUUGGAGUACUAUCCUCAAGGACAUCAUGGAGUAGAUAAAGAUGGAAGACCUGUUUACAUAGAGCUUAUCGGCAAAAUAGAUGCUAUCAAGUUGAUGCAAGCCACAACCAUAGACAGGUAUAUCAACUAUCAUGUAAUGGAGUUUGAGAGAACCUUUGCAGUUAAGUUUCCAUCUUGUUCAAUCGCUGCCAAGAAGCAUAUAGAUCAAAGUACAACCAUAUUGGAUGUUUCUGGAGUGGGAUUUAAACAAUUCAACAAAUCUGCCAGGGACCUGAUCGGCCGCCUUCAGAAAAUUGACGGUGACAAUUAUCCUGAGACCCUAAACCGUAUGUUCAUCAUAAAUGCUGGUUCUGGAUUUAGACUUUUGUGGAAUACUGUCAAGAGUUUUCUUGACCCGAAGACCACAGCAAAGAUUACAGUUCUUGGUAACAAAUACCAGAGCAAGUUACUUGAAGUGAUAGAUGCUAGUGAGCUGCCCGAAUUUUUGGGAGGCACCUGUUCUUGCGUGGACAAAGGGGGUUGUUUGCGUUCGGACAGGGGACCUUGGAAGGACCCAGAAAUAUUGAUGAAAGUACAAAAUGGUGGAGCAAAGUGUAAGCAACAUGGAAAUCACCACCAUUGUGAGGAGAAGACAAUACCUGAGGAUGAGGCAUCCAAGAAGGUGCAGAAUGAGGAGGCACCGAAAACCAAUGUUGAGCAUCAACUUCCUUCCAUUAGUGAAGAAGAAAAUAACAAGGUAGUGAGCCCUAACAGCUUAGUUCCUGUAGUUGUUAAGCCUGUAGAUGAUUCUUGGCACAAUAUUGUGAACAGAAACAACUAUGCCCUCGUUAAAGCAGCUGAUUGCUACAGCAUAAACAGUAGUUUCAAACCACCAGAAGGAAUUAGUAAUCAGAUAGUAGCUGGUUUGAUGGCCUUUAUUAUGGGUAUAGUCACAAUGGUGAGAUUGUCUCGUUCCAUGCCCAAGAAAAUGACUGAUGCCAAUCUCUAUGCUGCCCCCAUGUACUGUUUUGACUCAAUGGCUAAAGCUCAGGGCCAUGAGUUAGCUGCCCCAGGGAUCUCCAAUGCUGAAUUCAUGACUGUCAUGAAACGCAUGGCAGCCAUGGAAGAGAAACUUAUGGCAAUGGCUGUAAAACCCGAUGCUAUCACUGAGAAAGAGGAAAUGCUUCAGGUUGCUUCCAAUCGGGUUGAUGCCCUCGAGCAGGAGCUUUCAGCAACUAAAAAGGCCUUGGAAGAUGCUUUGUCAAAGCAAGAGGAGCUCUUAGCAUUCAUGGAUAAGAAAAAGAAGAAGAAGAAGAUCUUUACCUGGUGAAAAAAGACAGAAAAAAAAGAGGAAAGAAUGAUGCUAGAAGGUUGGUGUUUUUGAUCCAAACACACGAAUUUCUUAGGGAAUGUUAAUAGUAUAGGCGAAACAAUCUUGAUCAUUUUUUCUUGUCUCCCAUCUCUGAAAAGCAUCAAUCUUGGUGUAACCCUCAGGAAAUAUGUUGUAAAAAGUUUGUCCCAUGUUAUAGGAGCCUUGAAAUUUUCUGUUUAAUUCUCCUGGUAAUUUUGCUAUAUAGUGAGAGAUUUUAACAAAGCAUAUCCUUCUUUUCCUACAUUCUAAGUAAUGUUUUAUUUUUGUUAAGCCAUUUAUAUAUUUUGCG